CCAGAUGCGACAAGACGCACCAGCGAUGGGGCUGGCCAAACUCGCCGCUGGCUUGACGCUAUGGGUGGCAUGCAUGCCUGCUCUUCGGGCCAACUUUACCCUUCCUUCAGAUCCGGGCACGAUGGAACUGGCUGGGAAGUUCCAGGAUUUUAUGGCGAAGUUUGGCAAAACCUACAACAGCCAAGAAGAGAUGAUUUACCGCUUCAAGGUCUUCGUACAGAACAUGGAAACGAGCCAGGUCUUGCAGGACACUGAACUGGGGACUGCACAAUAUGGGAUUACCCCUUUCAGUGACUUGACAGAAAGUGAGUUUGCGAAGAAGUUUGGAAACCCGGUUUCAAAGGCUGUGCCGUUUGGGCCGAUGGAGCCGCCCCGUAGCUUCACGGGGGCACCCCGAUUCUGCGACUGGAGAAAAAAGGGCUUGUCUCCAGUGAAGGACCAGGGAGAGUGCGCAUCCUGUUGGGCCUUUGCGGCCGUCUCCAACAUAGAGGCGUUGUGGAAGAUUCACCGAAAUGUUAACUGCAGCCUCUCCGUGCAAGAAGUCACCGACUGCACAUACCAUUCCCGAGGAGGCUGCCUAGGGGGCUAUGUCUGGGACGCGUUUCAGUACGUCGUCAACAACAGUGGAUUGUCACCAAGCACACUUUACCCUUACAUUGGGGAAAACCACCGCUGCCAGAAAUUCAAGAAGCGAAAACUAACCAAGAUUGAUGGUUACAGCAUACUUCCAAGGGAUGAGAAAUAUAUUGCUAAUGUGGUGGCCACCCAGGGUCCCGUGACAGCUUUGAUAAACCAAAAAAACAUGCAGCAUUACCGAAAGGGCAUCAUUCAGAGGUCCAAGGUGAGCUGUGACCCUAACUGGCUUGACCACGCGGUCCUAAUUGUUGGCUUCGGUGAAGGUAAAAUCCGACGCGGUACCUGGAGUGGAUCAUACUGGAUUAUCCAGAACUCGUGGGGAAAACACUGGGGAGAAGAGGUGGGUUGAGUUUUCACUGAUUGGUGGGAAAAAGAGAAUGGAAUUGGAAGUGCCUCUUUGG